AAAUCGAAUACGUUUUUGUAUCGAGUGCACACUGAGUGCAAAAAGUUCGUCAAAUCGAAAACGCUAAAAGUUAUAUCAUGGUUGGUACUAGCAUUGAUUAAAUAAAUUGUAUUUAAUCAAUGGUACUAGGUAUCUGAUAUCUAUAGUAUUCUGUGCUUGGGGGAUUUUUGUUGUUCUGCAUGCUAUUGACGUUUUCAUUAUUGUCAUAUUUCAAACUUAAAAUAUUAUUAUUAUUGUUAUUAUCGAUACUUGAUAAUGUCAUUAUGUUGUCGCGGCAAGACGUGUAGUGUGUUACACAGGCGUAAAUGCUUCAAGCGCACUCCCAUCCCACCGCCACCUGCAAGUACAAAUCGUACGAGCCCGACGACGGCGACGACGAUGACAACGCUCACGACUUACGCGGGCCAGAAAGUUUUUUUCGCGUCCUACGUUGAAUGUCACCGCCCGACGACGCUUCAGAUACGUGAACCUGCCUACGAACGUGAAUACGGCCUACCGACGGAGACGCCCGCACGCGUCUGCGCUCCGCCGUUUUCAUUGGUGCUUAACGUGCUUCGAGACGCGAUCAUGAGCUAGCGUUCGACAUCCCGACGCCGCGGCAACCGUCGCUUACGGCCCACUGACCGGGGCCCCGGAACAGCAGGCUGCCACCGCCGCCUAGUGUCGGCCGUCCAACAACAGGUCCUCGAACGGCUCUCGCCGUCAUCCUCCGCCGCUGCCACCGACUACGAAAGUAGUCGCAGACCGCAGUAGCCUCCGCUCAGUCAGUCAUCACUUCAUUCAUCUCACGCACACGCUGCGCGUCCGUCGUCGUUCCGUCGAGCUCAAUCGCCGUUACAGUAUCAGUCUCUCAAGUCUCGGCAGCUUCGUGAUAUGGAUAUACCGGUCAACGACUUGAGCCAGGCCAAUGAAUUAGGGUGGCGCGUGCUUGCCGCUGAGACGAUUUUCAAAUCGCACGGCUCAGACAAGAAUGGAGCACCGAGCACGAUCCAAUUUGAGGUACCUGUCAACAUCUGUGAAAUCUAUGUUCUUUCACCAUCUAUGUAUUUGCGCACUUCAACCGGUGGCUUCCUUCUUGGGGGAACUGAACCCAAAAAAUUUCCAAUUACAUUUCAUUGUAACAAUGUGGAUGAGGACUCUGCUUCAGCAAAUGUGAAAUUGGGUGAACUCAACUAUGAAGAAAAAGCAUCUAUAUCAAUGAAGUUUAGCAAUGAGAUAUGGACAAACAGAUUGAUUGUGUUUGCAAAAUAUUCAACGUUAACCAUUGUUGUUUAUGGAACAUCGAGGGAUCCUAAUGCUAAGGUACAAAAGAAAACAUUAUCAACUCUUCCACCACUUGGUCCUAAGUAUAUGAAUGGCAUAUAUUCUUUUGUUCUAAACUGAAGAAUUAGCUAGCAUUCAAGUGGAUCCAAAUUAUACAAUUUAUAAAACACUUAACUCACUUGUUCAUUCCUUCUUAAUUUCAAUACCAUUACUGAUUAUAUAUAUAUUUUUUUCACUGAAUUAUAAAUUAAUAUUAGCGCAGAGAAGUUAUAACAAUCGGGUGAUUUUUUGGUGACUACAGCUUAAUAUACUUGAUAACUAUUACAAAAUUUAGUUUUAUAUACUUUCAUAAUUUUCCAUAAAAAGUAUAUUUUUAUGUAUAUUUUUUUGUUACCACUAAAUCAGAUACUUCAAAUGAAUAGCUUUUUUUUGUAUAUUUUCAUAAAUCUUGAUAUUUUAAUGGGUUUUGAUGUAAUUCAUUAUUUUAACUAUUUAGUGUUAACUAUUAACUUUUUGGAAUCUGAAAUGUUUAAAUUCUUAUUAUUUAUGUAAUUGCCCAAGUAUGGACUUUUUAUUUGAUUAAUAAUUAUAUAUAUUAUGUUACGGGAUUAUUGAUUUGUUAGUAAGCUAACAUACAAAUAAUAUAUUUUAUUUACACAAAUUUAAAAAAGUUUUAUAUGUAUUAACAAAGUUAAAAUAUUACAUUAUUUAUUAAAAUUACUUUUAUAAUUAAGUUAUUGUUAUACAAAACAAUUUUUUUAGUUAUGAUAAUAAGAUCUAGAACUUAAUAAUACGACCUAAUUCAUGUUUAAUAAAAUAUCUUUAUAAAUGCAGAAUAUUGACUUUAAUUGGAAAAAUGCUUUUAAAUUAUUAUUAUUUUAAUAAACUUCAAAUUAAUUUAUUCUAUAAAUAGUUUAAAUGUUGAAUGUCAACCUAAAUGUUAAAACAUAACUAAAUGUUUCUCUACCAUAUUUUUCUUUCUCAUUUGCAAUUUCUUAUUUACUUGUAUAUGAUUAAUUUUACUCAAAUAAUGUUGACUAUCUAAAAUCAAAGACAAUUAAUUGCAACAUAAUGUAUUCAAAUGUAUUAAAAUGUCUGAACAUUGCUAAAAAUAAAACUAUAUUU